CAUUGGCUGCUGUCCAGCCCUGAGGCCAGGAAGAGUCGCUCUGCCAGAUGCUGGGAGCCCGUCGUCCACACUCCAGCGCCGCCCUGCUCUCCACCGUCCUUCUCCUGCACGUUCAGGCUGCAGUGGCUGUGAGUUUCCAGGUGCUGGUUCCUGCCGGCCCCCUCUCCGCCCCACUGGGGGGCACUGUGCUGCUGCCCUGCCACCUCUCCCCAGCGCUCAGCGCCCAGGCCAUGCAGGUGAAAUGGAGCCGGCCCCAGCUAGGCCAGGACGUCCACGUGUACCUUCCGGAUGGGAGCGAGGUGCAGGGUGAGAGGUACCGGGGCAGGACGGAGCUCCUGCGGGACAGGAUCCAGAGUGGCAGCCUGGCCCUGCGGAUCUGGAACCUCACCCUGUGGGAUGAAGGACACUACCUCUGUGACUUCCAGUCCGACACCUACUUCAGCGAUGCCACGUUGGAGCUCCACCUGACGAGCUCUGGUUCGGAUCCUCUCCUCGACGUCAGUUUGUACAAGGACCAGGGGGUCUCGGUCACAUGUCUCUCUGCAGGGUGGUACCCGGAGCCCAAUGUGCUCUGGAGAAACAGCCAUCAAAAAAUCCUGACUCCAGAGUCCGAACAGAAACUGCAAAGUGACGACGGCAUAUUCAACGUCUCCAGCACCGUGGUGAUGACCGAGAGCUCGGAUCCAGCACUGACCUGCACCCUCAGCCCUGGCUCGUCCGGCCCAGAGAAAGUAUCGGCCAUUGUCAUCUCUGACACUUUCUUCCCCAGAGUUUCUUCAUGGCGGGUCCCUCUCUUUGUAAUCCUUGUAAUCCUGAUGAUCUGCAUUUGCUUCCUCAUCCUGGCUGCCCUCUGCCUAUGGAGGAUUCACAAAGAGAAAGGUGCCAUCUACACAGAGCUAAGUUGGAAAGAAGCAUUUCGCAAAGCCACGGACGUGACCCUGGACCCGAGAACAGCUCACCCCAGUCUGGAGCUGUCUGCAGAGAGGAAGAGCCUAAGGAACACAAGUCUGAGACAAUCACUGCCUGAUGGCCUGGGGAGAUUCGACGUUUACUCCUGCGUGUUGGGCUCCGAUGGCUAUGAGUCGGGGACGCAUUACUGGGACGUAGAGGUGGCCAGCACAGGGGGCUGGGCUCUGGGCGUCACCAGGGAAUCUGUCAGCAGGAAGGGAUGGUUCAAUUUCAGCCCCAGGCAAGGCACAUGGGCCAUCCAGCUCUCCAGGGGCCAGUACCGAGAAGUCACUGCAGAAUGGAGCCUGCUGGACCAGUCGCAGAGCCCUGGCAAGAUCAGAGUGUAUCUGGACUAUGAAGGAGGGGUUGUGUGCUUCUACGAUGCUGACACCAUGGCCCUCCUCCACACCUUCACUGCCUUCUUUACUGGGAAAAUCUACCCGUUCUUCUGGGUCUGGUCCGUAGGGACCUCCCUUAGACUGUGUCCCCUAGUGCUCUGUGGCAGUGCCAGGAGAUGUCUGCCAGAGGCCCGCAGGAUGGAGAACACCCUAUCCCGCUUUCAGGCCGUACCAGUUGCCCUCUGCCUCCUCCUGGGCAUUGGGACAGCAGCCCCAGGCUCUGGCUCAGAUCCCAUCCUGCACGUGGCUGGGCACAAGGACUCAGGGGUGUGGAUUUUGUGUCUCUCUGCGGGCUGGUACCCAGAGCCUCGUGUACUCUGGAGGAAUGGCCGUGGGGAGACCCUGAGCCCCGAGUCUGAACAGAAACCGCGCAGUGACGACGGCCUAUUCAACGUCUCCAGCUCCUUGGUGGUGCUAGAGAGCUCAGACCCAGCACUGACCUGCACCAUCAGAGCUGGCUUCUCUGGCCCAGAGAGAGAGACGACAAUUCGUAUCACAGGGCUCUUCCCCAGGCACGCCCCGGAAAUGAUGGCCUUUCUCAUCCUUCUACCAGUAUCUCUCUUCCUCGUGCCCUUGGCGGUUUAUCUCUUCCGAAAGCUCCAGGUUCUCAAAGAGGAGACGUCCAAAGAGCGCGAAUGGAGACAAUUUCUUGAUAAAGUGUCCCUGUCAGCAGCAGAGGUGACGCUGGACCAGAGCACCGCCAACCCCUUCCUGAUGCUCUCAGUGGAUGGCAGAAGUGUGACAUGCGGCAUCCUCUGGCAAGACGUCCCCAAGAGCGACCGGAGAUUCGACCCCCUCCCCUGUGUCCUGGCCUCCCAGUGCUUUGCAGAUGGACAACACUACUGGGACGUGGAGGUUGGCUGGUGGGGAGACUGGGCCACCGGGGCAGCCCGGGGCUCCAUGGAGCACAUAGGGGCAUUCCAGCUGUCCCCAGAUGUGGGGGUCUGGGCCCUGCAGUGCCAGGAGGGGGAGUGGAGCGCUCUCACCUGCCCUGAGACCCCGCUGCAGCUGGAGUCAGCACCCAGGAUAGUCCGGGUGCAUCUGGACUGCAAGCGGGGCAGCCUGGCCUUCUACAAUGCUGAGAGCAUGUCACAUAUCUUCACCUUCACUGGCUGUUCCCGGGAACCUCUCUUCCCCUUCUUCUUGCUCUGGACCUCUGGGACGCAGCUCGCCAUACUACCUCCGGGGCAGAGAAAGGCCAUGGAGAGGGACAGGACAACGUGCACAGUAACACCCAAACUGGGAAAAAGGCAGGGCAGUCUUAUAGAACUUCUGAUCACGCCAGGGCAGAGUUAAGGGUGUUUGGCUGGGAAUUCCCUUGCAUUCAAAGGGGCAAAAUUAAGAGUGUUAUAUUCCUUUGUCUUCCAAGGGGCAGAGUUAAGGGUUUUUAAACAGGAAUUUCCGUGCAAAGGGACAGCAUCUGUCUUUGCUUCAGCAUCUUUGGUUUCUUUAUUUCAGUUCCUUUCUGGUUCACUUUUGGGAAUGAAAUGAACAGCAGCUAUUCCUGACCCCUGGGAAUGGCCAGGGGCCCUUAACCCCUAUCUGACCAGGAAAGACAGGGGCUAAUUGUCAUGGUUUGAUCCUUGACAAGUCCCCCGUGGCCUUGGAAGAAAGCAGAGUCUGGGGCCAGGCAGGACCAGAGCAGACCUGCUCUGCUGGGUUUGGGAAGGAGGCAGUUCAGAGGCUAGAAGCUACCAAUCAAACUUUUAUUCCAGUGAAAGAGGAUGUGGGAGUCAAGACGCCCCACUCGGGGUGGCCCUGUGACAGCAGCCAGGCCUGCUUGUGUGUGUGCAUUUACCAUGAUUGUGGACACAGCACGGUCUGUGCAAAAUCCGAGCCCAACCGGACACGUGUUCCCUGUGUGCAACCCCCCCCCCCCCACAUGACCGUUACUACGGCAGUGCGGAACACAGAACUAUCCAUUCAAACCCACUGCACUUAUAGAUGGAGUUGGGUGGGAAUGGGGAGGCAUUGCCCCCCCCCAACGUUGUAUAUAUUGAUAGUGGGGGUGGGGACACAAUUUAAAGGUUUGUACACCCCUGAACAGCUUGAGUCAUGGCCCCUUGGGCGGCAGCCCCCCCCCGCCCCAUUACCCUCAGUCUCCCCUCCCAGAAAGCAGUGGCCCCUCCCUGCAGCACCCAGCUGCUGCUCCUGCCUCUCCCUGCGGGGUGUGGCUAGCAGUUCACCCAGCCUCCAAAGGGGGGGCUACUCUGAGUCAACAGGAAACCCACACGCAGGAGUGAGGCAGCCCUGCACCCACGCAUGGCCCUGGUUGUGACGAUAUUAAUAUGAACUGGGAUCAUACAGAUCAUUGUUGCAACCAAGGUCCUGUUGUGGCACCAAAUCUUGUAUAA